AGGCCCUUGCACAACACGGGUUGCCCAGCUGGCCGGUUAACGAUUGACCGGGGGUUAACGGGGUGCUGGGACAUAAAAGGUGGCGGCGGUGGCGCCGCAGCCGCACCCUCAGAGCCUCAGCCAUGCCCAAGCUCACACUGUGCCUACUGUGCGCCCUGGCAACGGUGGCCCGGCCUGCCUCUGCAGCUCCCGUGGGGGGCCUGGAGCCGGCAAAACAGGAGGAGCUGACCCUCCUCUUCCACGGGGCUCUGCAGCUGGGUCAGGCCCUCAAUGGUGUGUACAGGGCCACAGAGGCACGGCUGACAAAGGCUGGGCACAGCCUGGGACUCUACGGCCAUGUACUGGGGCUUCUGGGGCAGGAGGUCAGCCGGGGCCGGGAUGCAGCCCAGGAGCUACGCACAAGCCUGUUGGAGAUGCAGGUGGAGGAGGAUGCUCUAAAGCUGCAAGCAGCGGCCACAGCCCAGGCACUGAGGGAGGUGGCCCAGGGACAGCAGAUGCUGCGGGAGAGCAUGCAGCGGCUAGAAGUCCGGCUGAGGGGCGCCUGGCUGGGCCAUUCCCGGCAAGAAUUUGAGGCCUUAAAGGCCCACGCUGACAAGCAGAGCCACAUCGUGUGGGCCCUCACUGGCCACGUGCAGCGACAGGGGCAGGAGAUGGCAGCGCAGCAACACCGGCUACGACAGAUCCAGGAGAGACUCCACACGGCGGCGCUCCCGGCCUGAGCCUGCCUGGGCAGAACUGAGGACCGGUCAUUCGCUGCGGGAUGUGGCCAUGCCCCACGCGGCCCCUAAACAAGGAGGAGCUGCCCGUGCUUGGGGUCGGCCAGGGUGCUGGCUGGGGCCUGCUCCUGGCCACAGAGGAGAGACGGAAGCAGGCGGGGCCACGGGCAGAGGACACGGCCCCCGUUGAGGAGGGGUGGAGGCAGGACACAGGACACUUCAUGCGUACACACCCCUACAUUAAAGCGGAGUAAUGAGAUCUCA